GUGGAGGCUGUUUAAGUGGAAGGAAAGCGUUUAGAAGGAUAUGAUAUGAUGCAUUUAUCUUGUUAUCUUGGGAUUUUUUUCUGUUCUUUGCAAACACAUGUAUGGAGUUUUUAUUUUUCUUCUCUCUCUCUUUUUUUUUUUUUUGGUGGAGUUAUAAAACGUCUUCAUCUUUGGGAAUCUUGUACAAUUUGCAGAGAAAAGAGAGGCAACAGAACAGAAGCAGAAGCAGAACAAUUGUCUGUUUGAAAAAAAAAAGGAGAAGAAUUAUCAUUUUGUCGCUUGACUAUUCCAAUUGGAAGCAUUCUCAUCCAUCAACAAAGAAGAGAAUCUCCUAGUGAAGAAUCUUGGGUAUAUUAUCAAAACUUUGGAUUGUCGUAUGUAUCUAGUAGCAUAAAUCUCCUAAAAGCCUUCAUUUAUCCACCUCUCAUCAUUCAUCAA